UUCCGUUUCGCCAUUUUCCUCUUCUACACCGGUGUUCUUGCUGGCAGCUACGUUGUCGCCCCCUCUCAGUGUUUUAACCUGUCUAAAGCCGACGGUGGGAAAAAAGGGGAGAGCCUAAGAAAAGAAGCUAGACUGCCUUGUCGCUGUAUCGCCCCGAGAAAAGUGCGAGAAUGUCUGAGGAGAGCCCCGAGUACUCGCCUUUCUUCGCUGUGAUGGGAGCCUCUGCGGCCAUGGUCUUCAGCGCAUUAGGAGCAGCGUAUGGCACAGCAAAGAGCGGCACAGGCAUCGCCGCCAUGUCUGUGAUGCGGCCAGAGCUCAUCAUGAAGUCCAUCAUCCCCGUGGUCAUGGCGGGUAUCAUCGCCAUCUACGGGCUGGUGGUGGCUGUGCUGAUAGCAAACAACAUCUCUGAGAGAGUCUCCCUCUACAAGAGUUUCCUGCAUCUCGGUGCUGGUCUGAGUGUGGGCUUGAGCGGUCUGGCGGCUGGGUUCGCCAUUGGCAUCGUGGGCGACGCCGGCGUGAGAGGCACCGCCCAGCAGCCCCGGCUUUUCGUGGGCAUGAUCUUGAUUCUGAUCUUCGCUGAGGUGCUGGGGCUUUACGGCCUCAUCGUGGCCCUCAUCCUAUCUACAAAAUAAGUGUACGCAUCAAACACCAUCUCAUUCAUUCCACAUCAAAGCAGCAAGAACAAAUAGGAGAUUUUCACCUACUUCCAUUACACCCCGUGGGUCUGACAGGAUGGGAUGGCAACAGAAACAUGUUGGCGGUUGACUUGACAGCUGUGUCCUCAGUAGAUGUGAUCUAUCCAUAUUGUUUAAAGCCAUCCAGUUGUGUCAGGUCUUGUGAGUACUGAACGGGCAUGAAGACGUAUUGGUUGUUGUGGGAUGAUGUGUGGACAGUCUGCUUGACUUGUUGUCUGAUCUUAACCUGUACAGUGAUCCAGAGUCCCUCCACCCCCUGUAAAUGUAGUAACCAGUCUGUGCUGUGAGUGUGAGUAUCAACGUUUAUCCCUCUGCCCAUUCCCCUCCUUUGACUUUUGUUUACCGUUGGUGGUUUUGUCAUUUCCGUUAUGAGACUGCUGAAGAAACAUGCACACUAGUAUUUUUAUUUAUACAUGUUCUUUUCGGGUACCAUGUUUGAAACACAGUCGUGAAGAGCUGUCUAUACAUAUUUUUUUUCACUAUUUAUGGAAAGUUAUGAAGAUUUUGACUUUAUGAAGCUGUCUAAAUGGAAUACUGUUACUGAUACUGAAUACUGUUUAUUGAAUACCCUAUAUACAUAAAAAUAUAUAAAUUAUCUGUGUAUAGUUAGUUAGAUUAAUUGCACUGUGGGUUCUUGUUCAAAGUGCUUGGAAUUCCUCUGGAUGUAGUGUGAAUUAUUAAUGGAGGAUGUCCACAUGUUGACAUGGAGUUGACAGUGUGUGUGCGCGUGUGUGUGAAUGACCUGAGUGCAUAAUGUGUGUGCAAGUCUUUAUGUUUAAUAUGACAUUCUCAAAACACUAGUAUUGUUUACCUGUAGUGCUGCUGUCUUGAUUUUUUUGUUUGUUUUGUUUAAAGUGAGAGCUCACUGUUCAGCCAUGCCUGUCAGAUUUCCAAAUAAAACUCAACCUCCUCCAGAA